CGACAAACCCAAAGGCAAUAACAAUAUCUAAGCACAAGCGGUAAGAGGCUUAUUGCAACCUCCAAAGUUGUUUCCCUUUUAGACACCUUUUCGUUACCUUAUAUGAAUCAAAACCAACCACUUUAUCGAGGUUGUUAGUCAAUACUCUCACUCCCUUAACCCAAAUCAACAAAAAUUCUUAGUUUAAAAAAAAUCGUUUAUAUACUUUUUUUUAAUGUAAUUCUGCCGUCUCUGUGGAGUGAGAAGCAAGAAGAUGGCAGGAAUGAAUGGAGAAGCGUCCGAGAGAGAAGCUGGGAAAGCUCAUGCCUUCAUGGUGUUGGUGCAACUCAUCAAUGGAGGAUACCAUGUAAUUACCAAAGUAGCCCUCGAUGUUGGUGUCAACCAGCUUGUCUUCUGCGUCUUCCGUGAUCUUCUUGCUCUCUCUCUUCUUGCCCCCGUCGCCUAUGUUCGUGAAAAAAGGAUUCGACCUCCUAUGACUAAACGCCUCCUUCUGUCAUUCUUCUUCCUUGGGUUAACUGGGAUAUUUGGCAACCAGCUGUUAUUUCUCAUUGGUCUUAGCUACACAAAUCCAACUUAUGCUGCUGCCAUACAGCCUUCAAUUCCAGUCUUUACCUUUCUGUUGGCUGUAAUGAUGGGUACAGAAAGAGUGAAUAUGCUCAAAACUGAAGGUCAAGCAAAGGUUGGAGGUACCCUAAUAUGUGUUUCUGGUGCAAUGUUAAUGGUUCUCUUUCGUGGUCCAGCUUUGCUUGGACAAACGGAUACAGACUUUUCUGCACAAAAUGGCAUAACUGCCAGGGGGCAACCGGAACCUGCAGGGUGGUUCAUGUCUAGUUUUCUCAAGUUUGGACUUGAACAUUGGCAUAUCGGAGUUUUAUGUUUGAUAGGGAACUGUAUGUGCAUGGCUGCUUUCCUGGCCAUUGAGGCUCCAGUUUUGGCCAAGUAUCCUGCCAACAUUUCUGUGACAGCUUUAUCCUAUUUUUUUGGUGCUGUAUUGAUGGUAACAACAGCAUUUCUUGUGACUAAUGAGUCAACAGACUGGAGUCUGACACAGUCUGAGCUUUUUGCGGUCUUGUCUGCUGGAGUUGUUGCAUCUGCUCUUAACUACGGACUCUUGACAUGGUCGAAUAAGAUCUUGGGGCCUGCUUUAGUUGCUCUCUAUAACCCACUUCAACCUGCAGCAUCAGCCUUUCUGUCAAGAAGUUUCCUCGGAAGUCCAAUUUAUUUGGGAAGUGUCAUUGGGGGAUUUCUUAUAAUUGCUGGUCUAUAUAUGGUCACUUGGGCAUCCUACAGAGAAAGACACACAGCUAUGGGCAUGAUGCCUCACAUCAAUCGGUCCUCCGAACCCCUCAUGCACAAAGAUGCAUCAAUUAACAAGAACCCGUACCAGAGAGGACACAUUUUCUCGGGGCCAUCUGCUCUAUCACCCAAAUUCAGUGAUUAACUGUGUGAUCAGAUGUGAUGUAAAGUUACCAUAAGCUCCUUAGUCUUUCCCACAGGUACAUUUACUAAGAUCAAACGAGUGUCAGUCGGCAUAUCGUCAACUUAGAUGGGUAGCAAAAGAGAAAUUGAUUAAAGUUUGCUCCUUUAAGCUGUAUUAAUUUGUUCUACAGCAUCAGAAAGAAUCCCAUUUCCUUUUUUAUUAAUAUUUUUAUAAGAAUCCAAGGGUUUGUAGUUAAUAAUAAUCUCAACAUUUUACUACAAUAAAGCUCAUUGAUACUUUC